CAGAGAUUCACGUUUAGCUGAAUCCAGGGAAACUUUUCGUUACAGGUUUCAAUACCCAUCUCCGGAUUUCGUCAGGACUAGCAACAACGUUGUCUUCUGCUGGCUUUAUACGAGGAAGAAGAUGAGACCAAAACCAACGCCAAAUCCAAAUUUAUGGGGGAUUUUCCUUGUCUACUCCUUCCUGUUCUGCGCUGUGAACUCAGAUCUAGCGUCAGACAAAGCAGCACUGUUGGCUCUCCGCGAUGCGGUACACGGUACUCCGCGAUUCUGGAACCUCAACGCCAGCCCCUGCAACUGGACGGGCGUAUUUUGUUCCAGUGAGGAUGGCGGAGUGAUCGCGCUCCGUCUGCCCGGUGCUGGUCUCAUGGGCCAGCUACCCCGUGGCAUUGGCAACUUGACUCAACUCCAGACUCUGUCCCUCCGUCACAAUGCUCUGUCUGGUACAAUCCCUGAUGAUUUUGCCAAUCUCACUGCUCUUCGAUGCCUCUUCUUCAAUGGGAACAAUUUUUCUAGCGAUAUUCCUGGUUUCUUGUUCAACUUGCCGAAUUUGAUAAAACUUGAUCUUUCUAAGAACAAUUUCUCGGGGACGAUCCCGGCGAGUGUUAACAAUUCGACCAGGUUAGCUACUCUGUAUUUGGAGGAUAAUCAACUAUCUGGGUCUAUACCCGACAUUGAUAUUCCAUCGCUUAAACAAUUCAAUGUUUCAAACAACGAUUUAACCGGGAUGAUCCCGGCGAAGUUGUCAGGGAUGCCCGCGAGUGCUUUUGAAGGGAAUCUCCUUUGUGGGGCACCUCUGGGUCUCUGCAAUGUUACUGGGAGUGGUGGUGGGCACCCUGAUAAGAACUUAUCUGCGGGAGCAAUCACUGCGAUUGUGAUUGGGUGUCUGGUUGGUGUUCUGUUGAUAAUAACUAUUUUGGUAUGCUUUUGUAGUUGCGGUAAGAAAACGGAAUCAAUGGAUGUUGUGCCUGCAAAGCAGACUGAGACUGAGAUUACUCGGGUGAAGGCAGCGGAGGGGGGUGAGAGUAGAAGUAUUGAGUUUUCAGGGGCGGCCAGAGCUGAAGUUAACAAUGGUGGGAAUAAGAGUUUUCUGGUAUUUUUUGGGAAAGCAUCGAAGGCGUUUGAUUUGGACGACUUGUUAAGGGCAUCUGCUGAGGUUCUGGGUAAGGGGACAUUUGGGAUGGCGUAUAAGGCCGCUCUGGAGAUGGGGACGGUUGUUACCGUGAAGAGGUUGAAGGAAGUGAAUGUGUCGGAGAAGGAAUUUAAGGACAAGGUAGAGGUGAUCGGAUCAAUGGACCAUGAAAAUUUGGUCCCAUUGAGGGCCUACUACUAUAGCAGUAGAGAAAAGCUUCUUGUUUAUGAUUUCAUGCCCAUGGGAAGCUUGUCUGCACUUUUGCAUGGAAGCAGAGGAGGUGGCAGGACUCCUUUGAAUUGGCAGAGCAGGUCUCGAAUUGCUCUUGAAGCUGCAAAAGGGAUUGCAUACCUCCACUCCCGAGGCCCAACAGUCUCCCAUGGAAACAUCAAGUCUUCAAAUAUCCUCCUCACAAGAACAUAUGAAGCUUGUGUAUCUGACUUUGGUCUUGCUCAGCUUGCAAGUCCAACGGCUACUCCAAAUUCUGUUGAUGGUUACCGUGCCCCUGAGGUCACAGAUGGUGACGAAGUAUCCCAAAAAGCAGAUGUCUAUAGCUUUGGUGUAUUUCUAUUGGAAUUGCUUACAGGCAAGGCACCCACACAAGCUAUAUUGAAUGAGGAAGGAGUGGACCUCCCGAGCUGGGUCCAAUCAAUUGUUCAAGAGGAGUGGUCUGCUGAGGUAUUUGACCCUGAACUUCUCCGGUACCAGAAUGUGGAGGAGGAUAUGGUUCAGCUCUUGCAGGUAGCUAUUAACUGCACCUCACAGCACCCUGACGAACGCCCUUCAAUGGCUGAGGUGACAAGCCAAAUAGAGGAGAUUUGUCGCUCUAGCUCAGAAGAAGAUUUGUUCGAUGAUGUAUCUUCCCUGUAAGCUUACACUGUUGAUUAAGGUGCACCACCGCCAUCUUCAGUAAAGGAUUGAAACUGUUCAGCUAUAUCUCUCGUUGUUAUUCUGGUUUUGCUUAUGCAUGACUAGAGAUUCGAUUGUUGGUUUAUUCUUGGAUUCCAUCCCUCUAAAUUCAUAGCAAAUGCUUCUAUCUCCCAUGCAACCCUUCAUUUUUAUGUUGUAACUUCAAUAUCAUUCAAAACCUAAAAUCAAAACAUCCGCCAUGUGGACUAAUAAUAGAGGAACAUCCGC